AUGACACAAUUUUCAGAACAAAAAACAACACAAGAUAUGGAACAAAACAUUGGCAAGAAAGAGGAAUUUAGCGGCAAUAAGGACAUCCUAAGCGGUGAAAAGAAUUUGAGUCAACAAGGUUUGAGCUCAAAUCUUAACAAGGAGGGCUCUGAAUUCAUGGGCGUUGGAGGUGAAAAGAGAGAUCAAGAUCUUAACCUCAACAAGGACAUCUCAUCAGGCAAGAGCACUGACGUUCCAAUUCAAAGAACCUCGAAUGUUUAA